AUGUUGAAUUUCAGAGGAGAACUGCAACCCGUCAAAUUUGUUUUGGUUGGGAUGGGUGAUGUUGCUUAUCUAGAAGCAGAGAAUGUGUAUGUUGUCUGUUGUCCAAAUUUUGAAUCCACGUUGGAAGAGUGGCUAAGUGGUGUAUGUUCUGGCAGGGUCGUGGUUCUCCCAACCUCAGCAGCAUCUCCCAUCCCUGAUCCUUCUGAGCAGCUGAAAGAGACACAGUCAUCCCAAUUCCAUUGGUUCCUGGGCAGACAAGGAUUGGUAUGA